CCUCCGGCCACCGCCCUCCUACUCUCCCCCUCCCCCCCCCUUCCAUUGCCCGUCUGCCCCACUGCCCUUUGCACGCCCUCCCCCGUCUCUAGAGGUCCUCCCGUGAACACGAUGAGCCCGCCUGUCGCGCCGGGCCAGGCCAUCAACCGCGAGAGGUCGUCGGAUCGGCUGGUGAACUUCGUUUUCAUCUGCGGGUUCGCCCCUCUCCCGGCUAGCGACAAGGGCGCCAGCGCCCCGUCCACCCGCCACUGGCGCAUGAACCUGCCACCCUCGCCGUUCGAGCUCUUCGAGUCCUCCCUCUCUCGGAGCGAGAUCCAGCUUCUGCAUCCCUCGAAGCGCCUCUACGCGCCGGAGAUCCUGUCCACCUACCCGACGCCCGGCUUCCAUCUGCCGGCUGAUGCCGAGGGCUUGCCACCGGACCUGCAGCUGUUUUGCUUCCCCCGAGGUGUGCAGCUUAUGGCCAGCAGCUCCGGCACCGUGCCCUUCCCCACGUACCACACCUUUACCAACACCGACAUCAACGGCAUCCGGUCGUACGGCUUCGUGCUCACUCUGUAUGAGCCUCUGUCAAGUGACCUGCUGGCCGAGAUCGACCACCCGGAUGCCCCUUGGAAUGCCGCUGCCGGUGCCGACUCCGAUGCCGGAUCUGCCGGCGUGACGCCCGACGGCGAGACUCCCGACCAGAAGGACUUCCCCCUGGUGCCGACGACCGUCGCCCCGGCCCCGGACUACUACCAGCCACGUGCCAUGGUUCUCAUCUCCAAGUUUGCCUACUUCGACUUUUUCAAGGCCUACCUCUGCCAGCUGGCCAUGCAGAUGUCCUCCCCCGGCCUGUCGCUGCCCCUUGAGCGCUACCUGACCAACCUGGUCUUUGAGAUUCCCAUCCCGCCCCCCGGGCGCAUGGAGGUCGAGAUCACUCUCGAAUCGCAAAAGUUUUACAUCUGGCGCCCGCCCUACAACUCGGUGCCCACCCUGAAGAAUUUUUCCAUCCUCCCCCUCUUCCGCGCCCUCAACGUGCAGAACCUCAUCCGGGUCAUCGAGUGCAUCCUGUCCGAGAAGAAGAUCGUUUUCGCUUCCAAGGAUGUCGGUCUGCUGAAUAUCGCCGCCGAGACAUGCACCCUCCUGUUGUAUCCCUUUGCCUGGUACCAUGUGUACAUCCCGAUCCUGCCACGCCCUCUGCUGGACUUCCUCCAAGCCCCGAUGCCCUUCAUCAUUGGCAUCUACCAGGACGACCGGAACCUGGUGGACCUGGCGUCCGAUGUUCAUCUGGUGGAUCUGGAUGCCAAUGUCGUGCACAUGGGCGACGACCUGCCAGUUCCUCUGCCAGCGUAUGAUCGAGCCAAGCUUGAAACCCGGCUGAUGCACUGCCUGAAGCCACUCGGCAGCAAGUUGGCCUCUUCCUCUUCCGCGGGCGCGGCCCACGACCCGAACUCGAGCCUGGCGUCGCCCUACUCCCAGAUGAGCCCGGAGCCCUCCGAACGCUCGACCAUCUCCACCAAGCCCUCUGUUCGAGGGCUGAACUCCUUCUCGUUGAAUUCCCACCGGCCAGUGUCGAAUGUGUCCAUGGCCGCGCGCAAUGCCCAGCAGGCCGCCCAGCAGCAGGAGCAGCAGUCCACUCGCGGGGGACGUGGCGCCAAGAGCUCCGGCGAUCGGAAGUCCUCGCAUCUCUCCAUGAGCACCACCUUCGCAGCCGGCAGCCCCGGUGGCUUGGAUUCCCUCGAGGAGCAGCCCCUGGCCGCCGGGUCGCCGGUGACCGCGCAGUCUCCCAGUGUCGGGGGAGGCCCGGCGGCAGCGCUCCGGCGAAACUUCUCCUCCGGCCGGUCGAGUCGCCGCUUCAGCAAGCUCUCCUUCCAGCUGACCCCCACACCGUUGACCCCCUCGACCGAAGUGACGACGCCCCCGCUGCCGGCCGCGGUCGAUGCUCCCCCUCCGCGGCCCCCGGCCCCGCGUGCGGAGGUCCGCCUCGCCGACCUACUGACUCCGGAGCAAAUGUCCCGGGUGGGCACCCGGGCUGGUGCUCCGGGGCCUGACACGUCUACCGGGCCCCAGCACCCGCCGGUCCCCGGUGCCGGGGCCACCCCCGGCCCGGCUCCUGGCAGUGUUCGCCAGAUGCUCCGCUCGAUCGAGCAGCAGCAGCAGCAGCAGCAGCAGCAGCAGCAGCAACACCAGCUGCCGCCGCGCGCCGGGUCCAAGGGUCCAUCCAUCUAUGGGUCCGGCUCGGCGUCUGGCCAGACACAAUCAGCUCCAGAGCUGUCGCUCAACACCUCGCGGUCGACCUCACCUGGGGCUGAAUCCCCAGCCCCGGCCCUCCCGCCGCGCCCCCCGCGCCAUGUCGUGGCCGCCGAGCUGGCCCGCAUCCGGUCGGCCCGGUCUUCUCCUGCUGUCCCACCAGUUGCCAACAAGGCGCUGACCGGUGUUUUGCGGGCGCGGUCUGCAUCGAUCACUGGUCGGCCGAACAGCCGGCCACUGAGCGUGCACACGCUGACCCCCUCGGCCGGGGGGGGCACCGACUCGAGCGCCUCGCCAACCUCCCUGUCGCACUCUUACUCCUCGCUGAACUCCUCGGCGGCCUCGAUCUCCGGGAUGUCGGAAUACUCGACGGACACGGCCCUCUGGCCGGCCGACCAGCAAGGCGGCCAGCAAGACUCCCUGGGCUCUGUGGUCAAUGAGGCCAACAUCCAGGACGCCUUCUUGCGCAUGUUCGCCAAGCUCAUGCAGUCGUAUCGCAAAUUCCUUCGCCAUCCAACCGAUGAGGAAUGGGCCAGCCCCGCGAGCCCGACACUGCUGGAUACCAAUGCCUUCCUGGCCAGCCUGCGCGCCGAUAAGCCGACCCACCAGUUCAUGACCAUGUUCCUGGCCACCCAGGCAAUGUUGCAGUUCUGCAUCGAGCGCGUGGUCCGUGCGGCAGACGAGUACGAGGUGCUCUACUUCGACGAGCUGAUCAAGUCGCGGAAGAACCGCUCCGUCAGCCGGUCUCUCUUCCAAUUCAAGGACACCACGCCCUUCCUAAAUGAUCAUGCCACCUUCGGUGUGCACCAGACCAUCCCCGCGGUGGAGGCCUUUGCCGGGGACCUUCCCCCGCCGCUGGACAAGCCGGUUCUGCUUCCCCCAUCUGAGGAAGCCAUCUUGGGCGCCGGCGGCACCGGGUCCGGUGGGGCUGCCAUGCCCCCGGGUUCUGAGGCGGGCGCCACAUCGUCGGCGGCCUCCUCUCAGUCGGGCUCCGCCUCGGCCAACGAGCCUUUUGUCGGCCGAUACUUCUACGGCUGCAUCCCGGAGUCAUUCAAUCUGGAUCACUUCGCGGAGGCGCGCAUCCCGGCCGAGUUGGUUUCCCUCUCGGAGAGUAAGAAGAUCCGCACCCACACGGCCAGCAUUGCCCGGCAGGCGCGCAUCUCCCAGCUGGAAACAUGA